AUGACCUUCUGGUUCAAGAACUCCCCCAGCAAGUGGUUCGAGCUCUCCGAGCGCCAGGCCAACGGCCAGCCGAUCGACAUGGACCUGGCUCGCCUUCUCCUGGGCCCCUCGACCGACGGCCGGAUCCCACCCACCUUCAAGCACCAGGCCUCGCUGCCGCCCCUGCCGGUCCCGGCCCUUGAGAAGACUCUCCAGCGUGUCCUCAUCAACGCCGAGCCCUUCGGCCUGGACGCCGAUGGCCACGACACGGCCGAGAUGGCGGCCCUGCGCCGGGAUGUGGCGCAAUUCCUUGCCCCCGGUGGGCUGGGCCAACGACUGCAGGGGCUCCUGCAAGCCCAUGCCCAGGCCAUCGAUGCCAAGGCGGCCGCUGAUCCGGCCCAACACAAGUCCUGGCUCGAGGACUGGUGGCUGCAGUAUGCCUACCUCAUCUGGCGCACUCCGCUGCCAACGACCUCGAACUGGUUCAUCAUUUUCCCCCGGCACCCGGCCAGCCUGGGCACCGCUGAUGGCCGAGUUUGCCCGAUCGCCCGUGCCUCGCUGGUUAUCCGCAAGGGCGCCGAAUUCGUGGAGCUCCUCCGCCGCGAGCAUGUCCCGAUUGACUCCCUGCGCGAGCAGCCACUCUGCAUGAAUCAGAUCCGCUCCGCCUUCGCCAAUUGCCGCAUCCCCGGCCCCGGGUCCGACACCAUCCGCAAGACCUCCGUCCAUGAUACCAACCACAUCAUCAUCAUGAUCGACGGGCAGAUGUUCCGUCUGGAGAUCUUUGACGCCUCCCGGAAGAUCAUCUCCCCCCUGGACAUCUACAAGAAGAUCCACUCUUUCAUCUCCUUCGCUCAGAGCGUCCGCUCUCAGCCGGCCAUCGGCCUGCUGACCGGUGCUGACCGGGACACUUGGACCGACGCUCGGGACCAUCUCCUGGCCCGGGACCCGGGUGGCCUGAACGCCCGGUCCCUGGACCAGGUGGAGACCUGCCUCUUCCUGGUGUCCUUCGACCUGGAUUACACUCCGGCCACUCGCGGGGAGCUUGGCUCGCGGGUGCUCCUGUCCACGGGUGCCAACCACAACCGCUGGUGUGAUCACACGCUGAACCUGGUGGUCUGUGCCGAUGGCGAGGUCGGCGCGGCGUGCGAGCAUACGCCACUCGACGCCCCGAGCCUCUGCCACAACGCCCUGAGCUACAUCAAUUGCGCCGAGGAGAGGGAGGAGCUUCUGGCCCUCGAGUCGCAGGGGCGGAUCUACGCCACGGAGCCCUCCACCUCCGAUGCCCUGGCGGCGCUCCUCCGCUGGAACAUCGAUGAGACCAUCUCCCAGGCCCUCGCCACCGCCAAGGCCACAGUCGACGAGUACACCCGGAACUUCCGCUACGCCGCUCUGGAGACCAACCUUCUCGGCAGUGACUGGCUCCGGCAGAAGCGCGUGUCCGCCGACGGCUUCAUGCAGCUGACCAUCCAACUGGCGUACCUCCGGGCGCACCCCCUCCGGCCGCCGGCCGGCGUCUAUGAGAGUGGCAUGACCCGGGCCUUCCUACAUGGGCGGACGGAUGUCCUCCGGUCGCUGACCCUGGCUAGCCGGAAGUUCUGCCUCUCCAUGCUGGACGAGGGGGCCACCGAUGCCGACCGCCUGCAGCUCCUGGAGGCAGCCUUGCGCCGGCAUCGCAGUCUGCUGAUCGAGACGGUCACCGGCACCGCCAUCGACCGGCACAUGCUGGCCCUGCGCAUUCUGGCCAUGGAGCUGGUUAGUCAGGGAGAGCUGUCCGAGGUGCCGGCCCUGCUUGCCCCGGCCGAUGGCUCGAUCUUGGCGCUGGCCGGGCGCUUCCUCCUCAGUACCAGCAACCUGUCUCCGGCCCAGUACUCCAUCGGUGGCUACGCGCCCAUGUACUCCGAGGGGUAUGGCGUUUGCUACGGCCUGAACGAUCACAGUCUCUGGAUCUCGGUGACCAGCAACCAGGCCAACGGCGACACCGACGCCUUCAUGCUGAAGCACGCCAUCGAGCAGUCGAUGCAGGACAUGAUUGCUCUCAUUCGCCGAGGCACCGACGAUGCCGGUGAGCCGCGCACCAAGCUCUGA